UAGUGUGGCUACGCUUGUGGAAGAAUAUGGCUGCUCCGUUUGUUCGUAACUGUUAUAACUGUGGGUUACCAGGACACUUCUCUAGAGAGUGCCCUCAUCCUCGGAGAGCACCUGCGACUGGGGCAAAUGCAACGGUGGUCAAUACACCUCUUCUCGCUCUUCCGGCUCCCGCUCAAACGAUUUACCCUCAGCCUCCUGCGGUACAGGCGUCGACACCCACCUACGUUGCUGCGGCGAGUUAUGGACGUGGGGGUGGCGGAGGGUACUGGAGGCAAACUCUUGAUCGUUGUGUGGCCUUUGUCGACGAGGCAGAGGCUGACAAGGCAAAGAAGCGUGAGGAGAAGGAAAAGGAGGAUAGGAAGAAGGAAGCACAGAAGGAGAGGAAGGAGUUUGAGGUGAAGUUGUGGAGAAGCGAGGCCUUACGGCCUGGCAAUAAGCAGGGAACUGUAAGCAUUGGAACACCAGAUGUGAGCACUCGGACUAGGCAAAGGGUGAUGGAGUCGCCCAACCAGGAUUUCAGGGAAGAGUUGUGCCAGAUGAAGGAUAAGGAGUAUUGUGUGAUGAGGGAGGUGGAGGCUUUGAAGCAGAAAGGGGUUGAGGUGGCAGCCAGGAAGUUAGAGGUCGAAACUCGCAAAAGUGAAGCGGAGGAGGAGGUGGCCAGAUUGCGGGAACAGGUUGAGAGGUUGAUGACAGAAGCUACGGAGGCACCGGUGGGGGGUACUGAUUUGAAGAAUCGACUGGAAGCGGCAGCUGCAAGUGGGCGAAAGUUGGUGAGAAGGGGUGGACCAAGGAUGACGCCUGGGAAAACGCCGAGAACGGAGAAGGUGAUUACAACUGAGAAUGACCGAUUUCUGUUUAUACAGGAGGAACGUAGGAAGCUCCGGGCGUUGAAGAAGCAGGGUUUGGAAGCCAUAUGUAAGCAGGGGGGGAUUAAGUACAAAACGGUUGAUUCUACGGCAGAUGAACUGGCGGAGAUGAGGGCGGAUGCUCGCUUUGGCAAGCGAGAGGGCAGUACCUCGAAUUCAGCGGCAGAGGCGGAAGAAGGAGGCAUGGGUGACCCUGCUGCUGGGCGGGAAGAAGCGGGUGAGGAUGUCGAAGAAGUGCCAUCGGACUCGUCUUGAGGACACGUCCCGAACGUGGCGAAAUUAUGGAAUGUUGUUAAUGGUUUUAAGAUGGGAUCUGUUGAGAAUGUGAGUAAAGGUGUGUCUGAAGG